GCAUUUUUAACAAACAGAGUUGGAGAUUGUUUUUUAACAAUAGGUAUGUUUGCUAUAUUACUUAGUUUUGGUAAUAUCGACUACUCAACAGUGUUCUCAUUAGCUCCAUUUAUGAGUGAAGAUGUUAUUACUUUAAUAGGAAUAUGUUUAUUAAUAGGUGCUAUGGCUAAAAGUUCACAAAUCGGUCUUCAUGUAUGAUUACCUAUGGCGAUGGAAGGUCCUACACCUGUUUCUGCAUUAAUACACGCUGCAACUAUGGUUACUGCGGGUGUAUAUUUAUUAAUGCGUUCAUCUCCUUUAAUAGAAUAUAGUUCAACAGUGUUGUUACUAUGUUUAUGAAUAGGAGCAAUAACAACAGUAUUUAGUUCUUUAAUAGGAUUAUUCCAACAAGAUAUAAAAAAAGUUAUAGCUUAUUCAACUAUGAGUCAAUUAGGUAUGAUGGUUAUAGCUGUUGGUUUAUCUUCUUAUAAUGUAGCUUUAUUCCAUUUAGUAAAUCACGCUUUCUAUAAAGGACUUCUUUUCUUAGGUGCUGGUGCUGUAAUACACGCUGUAGCAGACAACCAAGAUUUUAGAAGAUAUGGAGGGUUAAGACCUUUCUUACCUUUAACUUACUCAGUUAUGUUAAUUGCAAGUCUUAGUUUAGUAGCUUUCCCAUUUAUGACAGGUUUCUAUUCAAAAGAUUUUAUUCUUGAAUCUGCUUAUGGACAAUUUUAUUUCUCUAGUACAGUUGUAUAUUUCAUAGCUACAAUAGGUGCGAUGUUUACUACAUUAUACUCAGUUAAAGUUUUAUAUUUAACAUUCUUAACUAACCCUAAUGGUCCACUAGUUAAUUAUAAACAUGCACACGAAGGUGAUAUAUUUAUGAGUUUACCUUUAAUUGUAUUAGCUAUAUUCUCUAUUUUCUUUGGAUAUAUCACUAAAGAUAUCUUUAUCGGAUUAGGUACUGGUUUCUUUGCAGAUAAUAGUCUAUUUAUACAUCCAAGUCAUGAAAUUAUGCUAGAUACUGAGUUUGCAGUACCUACUCUAUUCAAGUUAUUACCUUUAGUAUUCACUAUCUCAUUAAGUGUAAUAUUUAUUGUAUUAUCUGAGUUCUUACCUAAAUUAUUAGUACACUUUAAGUUAUCUAGAUUAGGUUAUAAUAUUUUUAGUUUUUUCAACCAACGUUUCUUAAUCGAACUAUUUUACAACAGAUAUAUUACAGAUAUUGUUUUAAAAUUAGGUGGUCAAACAACUAAAGUUCUUGAUAAAGGAUCUGUAGAAUUACUAGGACCAUACGGUUUAGAAAAA